ACGAAUUAGAUUAAGCGGCGCAGCAUUCAAAAAGGCGGCAAAAGAAAAACUAGAAAAGACCGAUAAUAUGCUUAGAAAAAUUCCAAAACUUCAUUCAUAUUUUGCUGCUACAAAUCCGGGAAAAACGGAAUCGGAAUUAAAGAAAUAUAGUCCAAAAAACAUAGAUAAAUAGGAAAUAAUUUAGAUGGUGCUUAUGAAGUUCAAACUAAUCAGGUGGACGUUCAAAAUGACAAUGAACACGCAGAAGAAGGGACUUCGGCAAAUGAACGACAGACUGAAAUCAUCAAAAGUUCUUUUCAUAACGUUGGUCAUGCAUCACAAAUUCCUUUAUCCGACCCAGCAAAAUGGAACUUCGUUUCAGAUUCUAUUAACUUCCUACUUGAAAACCCUCCAAAGUUAGACUUACAAAAAUUACCAUUCGAAAAAACAAAAAGAAUAAUUGGCAAUACAAGUAGAUGCCUAACUCCUGAUAAUUUUAUGAGAAAAUUACAAAACGGUGAAAAAAGAAAUUAGAGAUUGGAUUGUAUAUUCUCCGUUCAAAAACGCGCUGUUUUGUUAUCAAUGUUUACUUUUCUCACCAAAAUCAACGGUUUUUGGAAAUAAAGAUGAAGGAUUUAUAAACUGGAAAAAGUGUAAUGAAAUUUUACAAGAACAUGAAACCAGUAAAAAUCAUGCUGAAUCAGUGAAAAUUUUGUUUUCUCGAAUUAAAAAGAACUAUAAUGUGAUUGAUAUAGAACUAAAGAAAGAUAUUGAAAAUCAGACUUCUUGUUGGAAAAAUGUUUUACAUAGAAUAGUCGAGUCAAUUUCCUUUUUAGCAUCGAGAGGCUUAGCUUUUAGAAGAGACAACCAGACUUUUGGUUCAAAACAAAAUGGUAAUUACUUAGGUUACUUAGAACUUUUGGCAAAGUUUGAUCCAUUUCUUUCUGCACACAUAGCCAAAUAUGGAAAUAAAAGAAAAGGAAAUGUGUCCUAUUUGUCAUCAACUAUAUGUGACGAGUUCAUAAUGCUGAUGAGUAAUACUAUACUAGACCAAAUUGUAUCGGAAAUCAAAGAAAGAAAAUAUUUUUCUCUUAUAGUGGACUCGACUUCUGAUAUAACAAUACAUGAUCAGCUCACAAUUGCAGUACGGUAUAUAACAAAAGAAGGCAAGCCUGUAGAACGUUUUCUUGGUUUUAUGUCCUCUGUAGGACAUAAAGGAACAGAUAUAGAAUUGGCAAUACUUAAAAAAUUUUCAGAACUUAACAUAAAUUUGAAAUACUGCAGAGAUCAAUCUUAUGACAAUGCGUCUAAUAUGUCGGAUAUUUAUAAUGGGUUACAGUCUCGAAUUAAAAGUCAUUCUACAACAGCAUUUUUCGUGCCAUGUUCGGCGCAUUCUUUAAAUUUAAUAGGGUCUAAUGCCGCUGACACUACUCAAGAAGGAACAAUUUUCUUUUUUAAUUGCCAAGCGAUUUACAAUUUUUUUUCUGCAUCAACAUAUAGAUGGAAUAUUUUAUGUGAAAUAAUUAACAAUAAUUCAGAUUGUGUUCAGAUAAAAAAAAUGUGCACAACUCGUUGGUCUUCGAGGUACGAUGUUUGUAAAGCAAUAUUUAAUGGAUAUGAAAAAGUUCUCAGUGCUUUAAAAACUAUUCAUGAUGAUGAAGGACAAAAAAAGGAAACUAGACAUGAAGCCUCUUCUAUUUAUAAUAAAAUUAAAAGUUUAAAUUUUUGUUUCAUGAUUUGUAUGUGGACGCCUAUACUUCAAAGAUUUAAUGCGACAAGUGUAACUUUACAAUCUAUUGAUAUUGAUUUAGUCACAGUUGUAACAUUAUACAAAUCAUUGGAAACAUAUUUAGAAGACAUUAGACAGUUGGCUAUCAGUAGCCGUAGUGUCAAGUUGCCCGUAGUGAUCCUACUCCAAAUCGCGCGUGUUUAAAGUUAAUUUCA